AUGCAAAAGGUAUUGAGAUUCAACUUUGGAGUAUUGUCAAGACCAAAAUUGCACAUUUUUGAUAAGGGUGGUAAACAUACUCCAUCUGGAAUCAGAGCUACAAUUCAUGGAGGUACGAGUUUUUCAGGCAUUUAUAUGGGUGGUAUGCUUGGAAAUAUAGGAUCAGAAUUAAUAUUUCCUCACAAUCACUAGUAAGGAUUAAAUUUAGAUGAAGAUAUAAUUAUGAAGAUCAUGUAAGAGAAUUAAAGACAACUUCAGGACCUGGUUAAAAUUGGUUAUUACAUGAUAUGAAUUAUGAUAAUAAAGAGAUGAUAGAAUGGACAAUGAAAAAUUCAAAUGUUGUUGUUAAUUUACUUGGUCCAAGAAAACAUUUAAAGAAUAGAAAGGAUUUUGAAUGGAUUAAUAUAACAGUACCAAAAAGAAUAGCUGAAGCAUGUGCUAAAAAUCCAGGAGUAAUAAGAUUAAUUCAUUUUUCUGCUUGUGGUGCAAAUCCUCAUGCUGAAUCUUUAGAUUUAUAAACUAAAUAUAUAGGAGAAUAAGAAGUAAAUCAUAAUAUUAGAAUAGGUAUUAAAUGCUUUUCCAAAUGCUACUAUAUUCAGACCAAGUGUAAUGGUUGGAGAUAAUGAUGAUUUUGCUUAUCAUUGGUAGGUUUAAAAGAGAUACUUCCAUAAUUUUAAUAUUGUACCAGAUAAUUGUUAAGCAAAAAGACAACCUGUAUGAAUGUAUAAAUAAUUAGAUUUUUGUUCAAGAUGUAGCAUAAGCAAUGUUAAAUGCUUUAAAAAUGCCAGAAACAAUAGGAUAAACAUAUGAAUUGGGAGGUCCUCAUGUUUAUACUUUGUUAGAAUGUUAUGAGAUGUUUCAUAAUAUUGUAUAAAGGCCACCAAAAUUAGCUCAUAUUGAUAAACAAUUAUUAUUAAAAAUUGGUAAAUAUAUAUAUAUAUUAAUAGCUUAAUAUAUUCCAAAUUGGAAGUAUUUCAAUAUUGAUUAUAUCUUAAAACAUGGAGAUGAUAUGGUAGUUUAACCUGGAUCUAAAACUAUUGAUGAUUUAUGUGUUAGACCAUUGUCAUUAACAUAAGCACUUUAAAAUAUCUUUUGGGAUAUCUAAGCUCGUUAUGGUGGAUCAAGUGAAUUAUAUGAAAGAUGAUUUC